AGGAAUGCAGUGAGUGAGCUAUGGGCCAAGUUGGAUGGAAGUUUGUCAGUGCCUUAUGAAAUUGAUUCUGUUAUUGAGGGCAGGACUAAGGACAUUCUUAAUGCCUUUAAUAUGAUCUCCAAGAAGACCUGCGUCAGAUUCCGUCCACAUACUAAUGAAACUGACUUUUUGCACUUUGAAUUGGGAAAUGGGUGUGCGUCUUACGUCGGAUGUAAGGGGGGUGAGCAGCCUCUUCUGAUUGGGCCAAAAUGUAAAGUUGGGAACAUCUGCCACGAGAUCCUUCAUGCCCUCGGCUUUCACCACGAGCAUUCCCGCUAUGACCGUGGUGAUCAUAUCACUAUACUUAAAGGAAACAUUGCCUCUGGGAAAGAGGAUAAUUUUUUGAAGAGAAAUGGGAACACCUUUGGUCUGGAGUAUGACCUGGAAUCAAUUUUGCAUUAUGGAAACAAUUAUUUCUCUCGCAAUGGAAAACCCACAAUUCAGCCCAAAGACAGCGGUGUAAUUAUUGGCCAGAGGACUCACUUGUCUGAUCUGGAUGUGCAAAGGAUCAGGAAGCUGUACCACUGUGGUACGUCAU